GAAAAGAGGUAGAUGUCUCUCUAUCAUUGCACAUCAAUCGAAUAUCUGGCGUAGAUGAGAGCAAAGAGGAAAUAGCGCUGGACGUAUUUCUGCACGUGUACUGGGAAGACCCUCGGAUCUGGAUUUUGGGAAACGCGAGCCAGGUGGAGCUGACCUGGGACAAAGACCCGAAAUUCUGGAUCCCUGACCUGUACAUCAGGCAAUUGAGGGAGAUGAAAGUGCUUACGCUGUUUCAGGACUUAGCGUCGAUACGUUUGUACGACAACAGCACUCUCCGGAUUAGCAUUGGAGCGACCAUAAUAAUCAAAUGUGACAUGGACUUCGUACUUUAUCCAUUGGACGUACAGACUUGCGCUGUAGACUUCGGCAGCUGGUUGUUGUAUUACGCAUCUUAG